UCAACCUUCGCUGGCUUCUAUGGUGCUCAUUGUGACAUUGGGAAAUCAGAACUGUCAACGAAAAAUUUGACAAGACAAGAGUGAACACGGUAUUUCAACAUCAACUUCCACUUCAAAUGAGAAAAUCAUGUCUAAAAAAAGUAGCCAUCAUUACUGGUGCGAACCAGGGUAUCGGUUAUGAAACUGCACUCGGGCUGGCUAAGAGGAAAAUGAAAAUAAUCAUGGCUGACAAAGCUGACCAGACAAACUCGAAAAAUAAAAUAAUCUCAGAAACUGGCAAUGAAGAGAUAAUCACUGAACAUCUAGAUUUAGCAUCUUUCCAGUCGAUAAGGAAAUUUUCUGAAAAAUUCCAUCAUACCAAUAAUCACUUGGAUAUUUUGAUUAAUAACGCUGGAGUAUUUUGUUGUAAUAAACAAACCACAAUCGAUGGCUUAGAUGCUGUGAUGCAAAUCAAUUAUCUGGGUCCAUUUUUACUGACAAAAUGCUUAGAAAAUUUGUUGAUGCAAACUGUUGGGAGUCGAAUAAUCUUUGUAUCAUCCAGUGGGUCUUUUUACCACAAAAUGCGACUGAUCAAUUUGAGGGAGCCCAACUACUACAAUCCUUAUUUAAUAUCUGGUGCAAUACAGUAUUAUAAUUCGAAGUUGUGUACUAUGAUUGCUGCCAAAGGUUUUUCAGAGAAACUGUACUCCUGGAAUGUGAUUUCUAAUUGUUUCCAUCCCGGAAUGACCAAUACUGAUUUUUUGAUAGCCGAUAAGAAGUCUACUUUGGUGACAAAAGUUGUAAAAAGGGCUUUGGUGUGCUUGGCACAAGAUAAGAAGAACUCUGCUGCUUUAUCAAUAUUUCUGGCUACUUCAGAGAGUAUAAAAUGUGUGUCAGGUCAAUACUUCGUGGAUUAUCGGGUACAAAGAAGACCAGCCAUAUUGGAUAAUCAAGGUUUCUGCCAAAGAAUUUGGGAUGAAAGUGUAGAACUUGUAAGUCUCGCCCACUAGUUCAAUAUCG